AUGGGCUCAAGCAGGCUGUACAGGGAUGCCAAUCUCUUCCCAGUAACUAAACUUUCCGAAUCUACCUGUCGCGAUCUUGUUUGUCAGCGGGGGACUCAUCCGAGCUUCGCUAUGUCUUCCUCCUCAUCGUCGAAACGCAGUGAAGGCUCUCAAGGCUAUCUUCCUCGCGGUGGUGCUUGUGUUAGCUGCCGACGCAGGAAAAUGAAAUGCGAUGGCCAGCAUCCUAUCUGUGGCCAAUGCGAACGUGCUGGACGCGCAGAGGACUGUGAAUAUACGGCCGGCUCUGAGCGUUCGACUGUUCAGAUUCUGGAAGACAACAUCAGCCGUCUCGAAGCCCGAAUCCAGGAACUCCAAAACCCGAAUUCGGCUAACGCAGCUGCAGUUCGACUUCACCAGCCAUACAUGGGUGGCGCUCCACCCAUGGUUCCAGGCCACAGUCAAGGUCGGGGGUUGCCCGUUCCCGCUCCAUCCUCAAGCUUCCAGCGACCGACGGUUCAAGACCCUCCGAGGAACGUCGCAGAGACCCUCCUAGCCACGUUUAUGCCGUAUGCUACUGACUUUGGGUUCUUCUUGCAUCUGCCGCGGUUCCGCGCGUCGAUGUUCCAGGCACAAGCACCUGGGCACCCCGCACGACCAGCACCUGCGCUCAUCUUCAGUGUGUACCUGUGGGCGAUCAGACUGUCGAAUGACCCCACGAUGCAGGCGAACGAGGAAGCUUACCUGACCCGCGCGACGCAGGAGGCGAGCACGGCAUUGCUGGGCAAUCACCCGAACAAGGUGAUGCACUCGAUCCAGGCGGAGGUGCUGCUGGCGAAUUACUUCUUCGCCCAGGGGAGGUUCCUCGAAGGCAAGUACCACCUCGCCACGGCCGUGUCGACGGCGCUUUCCGCUGGUUUGCACAAAAUACGCUCGGCAUCCCCGGGCGGCGGGUCGCCCGUAGCCAGUGUCGGUGCAGGCAACAACCAACUUGCGCCUGCCAGAGAUGCCGUCGAGGAGGGCGAACGCAUCAUCGCCGGUUGGACCGUGUUCACAAUGGAUAAGGUUUGGGCUGUGGCACUGGAUUACGAGCCCAAUUUUCUGCAUUCUACGCACGCCAUGGGGACCAAGAUAGAUACGCCUUGGCCCCUCGAGAUCGAAGAGUUCGAGCAGGGGGUACUGCCACAGCACGUGCGGACUAGUAAUACCGUCCAUAAUUUCCUCAGUCGAGCUCAAACUCCGGACGCUGGCGUGUCCAGCCGAGCACUGGAGGCCAAGGCGGCCAUCCUCUGGGAACGUGUCGCGGACUUUUGCAAGAAACACAAUCUCAACGCCCAAACAAACCCACAGUCCAUACAAUCAGCGCUCCAGGAAUUUACAUCGCUUUCCAACAUCUUAGAUGCCCAAACAGCGGCGAUGCCUCCUGCCACUGCCGCUUCACUCCAUCCCACCCGGUUGCCCUCCAUUGAGCGCGCGCGAAGGCUGGUAGUCGCCCACUCCAUGCUCGACGCGGCAGCCAUCCGCCUCCACGCACCAUUCGCCGCGGACGGGAGGAGCGAGAGCUCACGAAGAAAACGUGUAGGUGCUGCUCGCAGCGUCCUCGAGGGCACCUUGGCCCUACGAGGCCGUCUUGCGCAGGCAGGACAUCCGGCAGGAUGGAUUGACCCUAUUAUUGGGACGGCUUGGAUCGAAGCUGCCCAGGUCCUCUUCGACGAAGUCACGAGCAUCCGCACCAUGCGUGCCUCCAGUGCUCAUGCUGGCGAUGAGGCCCCUCUUCUGGGAUAUAUCCAGCAGGCGAUGACUGCCAUGUCCGACUUCGCGGUGAACAUUCCUCUUCUCAGUUUCCAAGUAGGCAAGAUUCAGGAAACAUUUACUUCCUUCUAG